AUGUGUAUCGGCAAGAUUCCCAGAAAAGCGGCCAGCCCGUCGCCUGAGCCCACUCGGCCCGGCUCAACAUGCUUCAGCGCCAGCAGGCUCAAUGGCACCACAUUCCAGAUCGUCGAGGACGACAAGUUCCUCGAAAUUCCUAUAAUAUACGCGAAGGUGUACCCCUCUGUCUUUGUGCUCAUUGAUACUGGGUGUGGUGGUGCGGCGCGCGAUUCCAGCGUUGAGCUCAGGUCGCUGCGUCGUUUCCUCGAGACGUUUCCCGUGAAAGACAAUGGCGAAGCUCCUCUCAACCCUGGUGGGGAAAGAGAGUAUCUUGUUAUUUGCACACAUUGCCACUAUGAUCAUAUAAUGCCAGGUGGUAUCGAGCAAUUUGUCGAGACGGAGGGCAGUACCGUCUGGGCCAGCGACUAUGACAAAGACUAUCUCAGUCCAACCCGAUUACCAAGCACGUCUCUCUGUGACAAACUCAAUAUCAAAACGCCAGAUUACACAAUCACCAAUUGGUGCAGGGAUGGCCAUCAGGUUGCUGACAAUGCUGGGCAUGGUCUUGGCCUCACGGUGUACCACACGCCCGGCCACACGCCCGACGAAGUUGCCAUAUGGGACUCAUGCGAGAGAGUACUUUUUGUCGGCGACUCUAUGUACCAGUACGCUCCCAUCUUUUUCUUUGAGACACAAAGCGUCAUCAGGUACGGCGAGUCGGUCGGCAAAAUGAGGCAGCUCGUCAGACGAUUCAAUGCGGAGACUGAACAAUGCGCAAAAAUCUCAUGCAGUCACAUCACCCCAAGUAUAGACGCCGCCGACUUCCUGGCCGAGGUAGACACAUUCCUCUAUCAAGUCGUGACCGGCCAGGUCAAGCGCAAGGCUUUGUCGGACAUGUCCGGGCAUCCACGGGACAGCUACACGAGGAAGGACGGAGGUCUUGAGUUUCAGGGCAAUGGAGAGUAUUUUGAAGAAUUUAAGGCGAGCAAGGAGGCUAUGGAUUCUAUCCGGAAGCGCCAAAUCGUGGGACAGACCACACUUGGCGCCACGGAUUUCUCGGUGGUAUUGCCUCGGUAG